UUUAUGAAUUAUCAGUCGUGAGCUGCUUCACUUGCUUGGGUAUCGCUGGAAUGAAGGUAGCAUCUACUUUGAUACUCCAACACGAGAGUUAGAGGUAUAUGCAGAGAGCUCUUGAUUCGGGGAUGGUUGAUACCAAGGUAGAGACCAUAUCCAGGUUGGCUCAAUGGAGGAUCGACAAUUUUGGACCUUGUACUUACAAAAGAUCAGAACCUUUCAAAAUCGGCAUAUGGAAUUGGCAAAUAUCAGUCGAGAAGAAUCGACAUCUUUACGUUCGUCUGUUUCCAGAGCCGUCUCGCCUAUCGAAAGAACAGCCGCCGAUUGCCAAAUUCAUAAUUCGAGUUACCACCGCGGGAUCCAAUCGCAGACCAUACAUCUCACCAAUUCAUGAGAGACUUCUUCGGACAAGUGAAGACUUUGUGUGGCCUGUUGAUUCUACUUUCCAUGGUCGAUUCAUCAUAGAUGUCGAGUUCUUGGACCUUCAGGUUUAUUCGGCUAAUGGAGAGGAAGCAAGUUCGAUAUGGCCUCGGGACACGACGCUGCGGUCAUCAGCAACGGACAGCAUUCUGCGUUGCCUUUCCCGGAUGCUCCGGGAGUCCAUCGAUGCUGACGUGACCAUCAACACGUGUGAUGGGAGUUUAAAAGCCCACAAAGCCAUACUUUCUGCCAGCUCACCCGUCUUCCACAGCAUGUUCCUCCACAACCUCCAGGAAAAAGAAUCCUCCACCAUUAACAUCCAGGACAUGUCCUUGGAGUCUUGCACUGCGCUUCUGUCUUACUUGUAUGGAAGCAUCAAGCAGGAGGAGUUCUGGCGCCACCGGGUCCCACUCCUGAGUGCGGCCAAUAAGUAUGGGAUUGGGAAUUUGAAGGAUUUGUGUGAGGAGAGUUUGCUGGAGGAUAUAAACUCAGGGAAUGUGCUCGAGAGGUUGCAGGAGGCCUGGCUUUACCAGCUUGACAAACUCAAGAAAGGGUGUUUGACGUAUUUGUUUGAUUUUGGGAAGAUUUAUGAUAUCAAAGAUGAGAUUAAUAUCUUUUUUAGGACUGCUGAGAGGGAACUCAUACAGGAAAUGUUUCAGGAGGUGCUUACGGUUUGGAAACCCGCCUGACCUCUUUUCUUUAUUAAAUUUACCAAGUCUGCUUCUAUUUGUAUAUAGAAUAAUAUAUAUAUACAUGUAUGUAUGGCACUACUGGUAUCUCACUUUAAAACCUCAAAAGUUCCUUUCUUAAUCUAUCGGAUUUUGCUUUA